AUGGAGUGGAGCCUGGCUGUGGUGUGGACCUGCCUGUUAGGGGCCACACUUUCCCUCGUCCUGCCUCCAGCCCCCUCCAUUACAACCUCCCAAGCCACCCCUCGACCCCCACGAUUGAUUGGCUGUGUGUUCCUGAAUCGAGCUAAUGUCACUUGCCGCUGGGACCCUGGAGACACCUCAGUGACGCACUACACUCUGCAGGUUCAGUUUAGCAUGUGUGGAACAAACUGCUCUCUGAGGCCGUUCACCUGCACCACGUCUCACACCACCUGCACAGCAAAGAUCAACCAUACAUCGGUGAGAAUUGUGUUUUGCAUUACCAUCACAGCACAUGGCCACGGCCAGGACGUCCUAUCAGAACCUCGGUGUCAGCCUGGUAGGGAUGAAGUGAUGUUGCCACCAGCGAUUUUGAACAGCGUGAAACCAGUCAGAGGAAGACCUCAGUGUUUGAAUGUAACCUGGAGCCGUAUUCUGUCUGUCUUUCCUGUGUCGGACCCUGAAAUCAAACGCGGAAUCCUAAAUUCCCAAAUUGAGUUUACAUCACAGGGGCAGCACAACGUUCAGGUCAGAAAUGUGACAGUGAAAAACUACAGCUUCAUUGUUUGUCUCUUCAGACCUGAUACCUCAUACAUCAUCAGGCUUCGCCACCGCUACCGAGGCCCAGCAAGCCCCUGGAGUCAGUGGAGCAACCCACGCCAAGGAAGGACAGGAGAAGAUGCUCCGUCUGAAGCACCGGCAUUCUGGAGGGAAGUGAAAGAAGCUGACGAGAGUGGAUGGAGACUGAUCUCACUUCUGUGGAAGCCUUUGCCUCGGUUUCUGGCCAAUGGCGAAGUUCUCUUUUACAACGUGACGUGUCAGACAGAAAGUGCUCAGGUCCUGAACGAUCACGGAAGCUGCAGAGAUUUGAACAGUUCUUGCACUUCCUGUAGUUUGCUUCUCCCUGCUGUGAAAUCCUCCUGUGCUCUGAUGGCCUCAACCUCUGCAGGACCCUCUGAAGAAGCCCGAAUAUGGUUUCUUGGAGUUUCUGAGAGAGAGCCAGCACCACCAAGUCAAAUCACUGCACGCCCGCUGGACGAUAAUAACUUGGACGUACACUGGACGGCUCCACUUGAUCAGUCAGUGAGUGGCUUUGUAGUGGAGUGGUUUACUGUUCGAGAUAAAAACAGCAGCAUCCUUCACUGGGAAAGACUGAAUAGUUUCAGCACAGCACUCAACAUCACAGAGGGAAUAAAGCCAAUGGAGCGAUAUUCUGUUUCUGUCAAAGCACUGUAUGGCAAACGAGGCGCAGGACAGAAGUUGACACGCUACGUUUACACACGUGAAGGAGCACCCUCAGCUGGUCCCACAGUGGAGGUGCAACAGAUCUAUGGCAGCAGAGUGGAGCUCAGAUGGAGUCCUGUACCUGUGGAGUUGUGUCAUGGUUUCGUGUGCAACUACACGCUCUACUACACAGCUGCAAACCAACCAACAAGGAGGGAGUUUGUGCCUAGUCACGUUCAUCGUUACUCUCUGGACAAUCUGUCGCCUGGUAACUAUGACAUCUACAUGGAGGCCAACACCAACGGCGGCACUGGAGCAGCUGGGCAGCCCGCUAAUGUUCACAUAGGUUCUGAGGAAGUCUCGAUAGUGAUGGGUGUCAUCCUUCCUCUCGUGCUGACUUCACUGGCACUGGUGCUGAUGGCCUGCCUAGCACAGAAUAAGAGGCUGAAACAGACACUGUGUCAAGAUGUUCCUGAUCCUUCCAGGAGCAGUCUGGCCCACUGGACUCCAAAAACCACUAUGGAGAAUAUGAAGCAGUCUGCAGUACCAGAGAUGCCUGAAAUCAAAUACUCUGAAGUUAUAUUUCUCAGUAAAAGUGAUCUGCAGGACUCUGACAUGGAACAGGACUUUGGCUAUCAGGGCAUCUGUAAUAUCCAAACAUAUUCCUCUCACCAGUACUCUCCACUCUCAGUUUCUGUGACUCAAAAACCUCAAAAUACCCCAAAGUUUGACAAGAAAUACACCAGGAGCUCAACCAGAGCCAAGACGACUUCCAACUCCUCCAUCUACUCCAGUGUCCUCUUCUCUCAAAUUCAUCAAACCCCUCCUACACCCAUCCUGUGCCCAUCAUAUCUGCAAUGCAAUGAUAUGCAGCAGAGCACUGUCAGUGUCAAUGACAGUAAGCUUCAACUAGGGGUCGACAGUGAGUCACCUCUGUCUGUGCACAGUGUAGGAUCUGAUUCACCUUUCCCUCAAACAGAUGAACUGAAAAUGUUUCUGAGACAGCAUCGCAACAGCAUCUCUGAUUUCAACAAGAUCUUUCAUUCCUCCAUGGUGCUUUCUCCUCCAGUUGAAGUCACGUCACCCCAACUUCCUUUUUCUAGAAGUCACUUUAACUCGAUUCUGUCACUUCAGCCCAACACCUUCACUCGCCCUCAUUCCUCUUUGGACACCACUGCUACCUCCUUCUCUCCUUUCCUUCAGUCUGUUGUUGUGGAUCUCUCCUACUGUCCUGUGGAGUGUGAUCCAUACAUCUCAAAUGCUUAG